AUGUGUGUCUGGAAACAGCCCUAAAUAUCAGACACACACAUCCUAAAUACCUGCUACCUAAUGACAGAGAGAGAGAGGAAUAGUAGCCCAGCAGAGCUGCACUUCAGCUGCCUGUGAUGAGUGGAGUCUCUCGAUUAAAUAUUAGACAGUUAAACAUUAGCACAGGGGCAAAGAUCAGCUUCUGACAUUACAGAAUACCACUGCCCUAUGAAGAAUGGCUGUGCCUGAAGGAAUUGGGAAUAUCCAGAAAAAACAAGCACAACAAGCUGGGCAAACGGUGUUCUUCUCAAAUCCACUGCUGGCAGAUACAGAAUCUGAUUGGUCUCCUAUUCAUGAUGCUGCAUACAAUGGAAGACUUCUGACAUUGAGUCGUAUUAUUGAACAGGGAGCCAGUGUUAACUUGGUCACACUUGACCAGGUCUCUCCCCUGCAUGUGGCCUGCCUGCAGGGACACACAGCAUGCGCUAAAACUCUGCUGGAGCAUGGGGCAGAUGGGAAUAUCUCCUCUGUAAACGGGAGCACGGCCCUCUCAGACGCAUGUGGCUGUGGGAGUGCAGCCUGUGUCAAUCUGCUCCUCCAGCAUGGGGCCUCACCUCAGGGUGGGAGCACCAUCGCCUCCCCUAUUCACCAGGCAGCUGCCAAAGGGCACACAGAAUGUAUUGAGAGUUUGCUGAAGUAUGGUGUGGAUAUUGACCAGAGCACAGAUCAGGCUGGUUCUCCUCUCUACACAGCCUGUUCCAACCAGCACCUCAGCACAGUGAGGAGACUGCUACAACUAGGUGCCAGUGUUAACUGCAGUAAGGACGGAGACUCUCCACUGCACAUUGCUGCCCAGCUGUCUAAUCCUGAGCUUGUCAAGACUCUGCUGGACCAUGGAGCUGACCACAAGGCCAAGAACAAAGUAGGCAAACAGCCUGUGGACAUUGCCCCCACCAACAGUGCUGUAGUGAAUCUGCUCAAACAGACCACUGGCAGCAGCAUUUAAUUUUUUCUCGAGUCAUUAGUGACUUUACUGUAAUGGCAUUUAUAACCUGCAGGACCUGUCACAUGCCCUCCUGUCAGCCACCUUUUCACAAGAUGUAGGUGGGAGAACAUAAAAGGAAAGGAAAAAAAUAAUUUACAACUCCAAAUCAGAAAAAGUUGGGACGUUGUGUAAAAUGCAAAUAAAAACAGAAUAUGAUAAUAUGCAAGUCUCGUAAACCCAUAUUUAGCAGCAAAAAAGACAUAGACAUAGAUCAAAUGUUGAAAAUAAAAAUAUUUACUAUUUCUUCAUUCAUGUGAUGUGAAUGUGAUACAAUGAUUUUCUUUACAGAAACAGGUCUCAUUUUAAUGCAGUGCCAUUUGAGGUCCAAAAGACCACAGCCAUCCAAUAUUUUUCUUCAGAUUCUCUGAAUAUUUUAAUGAUAGUAUGUACUGUAGAUUAUGUACUAUAUGUGUUUGAACUCCCCAAAUACUUCACAAUUUCAUGUUAAGAAGCAUUAAAGUGAUAUUGUUUCAUCA